AUGGCCCUGCGCCCCGGCCCCGCCGCGUUGCUGCUCGGCUGCGGCCUCCUCGGGCUGCGCGCAGGAGUCUGGGGUACUGACACGGAGGAGCGGCUAGUGGAGCAUCUCCUGGAUCCUUCCCGGUACAACAAGCUCAUUCGCCCGGCCACCAAUGGCUCUGAGCUGGUGACAGUACAGCUCAUGGUGUCACUGGCCCAGCUCAUUAGUGUGCAUGAGCGGGAACAGGUCAUGACCACCAAUGUCUGGCUCACCCAGGAAUGGGAGGAUUAUCGGCUCACCUGGAAACCUGAGGAGUUCGACAACAUGAAGAAGGUGCGGCUCCCUUCCAAACACAUCUGGCUCCCGGAUGUGGUCCUAUACAACAACGCCGACGGCAUGUACGAGGUGUCCUUCUACUCCAACGCCGUGGUCUCCUACGACGGCAGCAUCUUCUGGCUGCCGCCCGCCAUCUACAAGAGCGCCUGCAAGAUCGAGGUCAAGCACUUCCCCUUCGACCAGCAGAACUGCACCCUCAAGUUCCGCUCCUGGACCUACGACCACACGGAGAUCGACAUGGUUCUCGAGUCGCCCACAGCCAGCAUGGACGACUUCACCCCCAGCGGCGAGUGGGACAUCGUGGCGCUGCCCGGCCGGCGCAACGAGCACCCCGACGACUCCACCUACGUGGACAUCACGUACGACUUCAUCAUCCGGCGCAAGCCCCUCUUCUACACCAUCAACCUCAUCAUCCCCUGCGUGCUCAUCACCUCGCUGGCCAUCCUGGUCUUCUACCUGCCGUCCGACUGCGGCGAGAAGAUGACGCUGUGCAUCUCAGUGCUGCUGGCGCUCACCGUCUUCCUGCUGCUCAUCUCCAAGAUCGUGCCGCCCACAUCGCUGGACGUGCCGCUAAUAGGCAAGUACCUCAUGUUCACCAUGGUGCUGGUCACCUUCUCCAUCGUCACCAGCGUGUGCGUGCUCAACGUGCACCACCGCUCGCCCAGCACGCACACCAUGGCGCCCUGGGUCAGGGCCGUGUUCCUGGAGCGGCUGCCCGCGCUGCUCCUCAUGCGGCGGCCGCGCCCCCGCUGCGCCCGCCAGCGCCUGCGGCUGCGGCGGCGCGAGCGCGAGCGCGAGGCGGGCGCCCUGCGCGUCCGCGAAGGCCCCGGGGCGCCGAGGGGCGCGGCGCGCGGCUGCGGGCUCCGGGCGGCGGUGGACGGCGUGCGCUUCAUCGCCGACCACGUGCGCAGCGAGGACGACGAUCAGAGCGUGAGUGAGGACUGGAAGUAUGUCGCCAUGGUGAUCGACCGCCUCUUCCUCUGGAUCUUUGUCUUCGUCUGUGUUUUUGGCACGAUCGGCAUGUUCCUGCAGCCUCUCUUCCAGAACUUCGCCGCCGCCACCUUUCUGCACGCUGGCCACUCGGCACCCAGCUCCAAGUGAGGCCCUCCCCAGCCUGCGCUCCCUCGCCCGUGCCCUCUGACAGUAGUUUGGGGCGGAGGAGGGACAAGGGUGCUCCAGGCGGGGCGGGGGGGGGGGGGGCUGCCGUGGGCACAUCCUGUCCCGCCACCCGGGCCCCUCCCCAGCACCUCUGGCGCCACACCGCAGCUGCCCUGUCCCCUUGCGCCAGCCAGGUGGUAGC